AUGAACUCGAUAAGACACGCCGCUCGGCGGCCAGUAUUCCGCUGCCUCAACACGCCUGCGCCCCUCCGCUCCAACCCCCAAUUUCGCCAAAACACGCGCUCCAGUAGGGCAGAUCUUGAAGCCAUACUCAAGCAAGGCGCCCGCCCCAAGGUUCCUCGCCCAGAUGAGGACUUCGUCUCGGUACAUCGCGCAGAGGCGAUGCGUCGUGCUCAAUUGAUAAAAAAGCGGAACUGGCUCGCUCUGGGUGCUGCACUGUCCAUGAUUGCACCCAUCUUCCUCGUCAGGUUAUGGGACGUACCGCCGCUAGAAGAGAAAGGUGAAGAGCCACGCCGGGGCAUCGUAGAAAGGAUCAUGGGCCCACCCAUCCAGAACGACGCACCGCGCAAGGCGGCAGAAGAGUUCCAAGGAAAGAAGGUGGUCAUCGCGGCAGGCGACAAAGUCAUCGCAACACCAGGCGGCACCGACAACCCGCAAGCCUCAGAUCCCGACGCCAUCGAGCUCGUCGAAACAGGCACAUCCUACGUCCCCUACUUCCCACGCACCAUCCGUCUCCCUACAGACACCUCAGGUCCUGAAGCCAUCACUACCGACGCCGAAUACACACUCCUCGGUCUCGGCAUCCGGAAAGUCUCCUUCCUCCGUGUCCAAGUCUACGUUGUGGGCCUCUACGUCAAAACCGCCGACCUCUCUACCCUCCAAAACCACCUCAUCAACACCGUAAACCCCACCGCCUCUGCCCUGAUCCCUAAUGAGAAAAAGGACCUCCGCGAGUCCCUGCUCGACCCCGAAAAGAGCAACAAGAUCUGGGAGUCCAUCUUGGCCAAGAACGGCAUGGAUGGUGUUGACAUGGCAUUCCGAGUUGUACCCUGCCGCGGCACAGACUUCAAGCAUCUGCAAGAUGGCUGGAUGCGCGGAAUUGCGUCGCGCACGGAUGAAGUGAGGAGGAAACAGGCUGAGUUGAUCAGACAGCAGGCUGCCGAGAACAAAUCCAUUUCUUUGCCUAAGCCGGUUGAGGAGGGCGAGUUCCAGGAUGAGUCUUUUGGCCUGGCGAUGAAGGAGUUCAGGAACCUCUUCCAGGGAAAGGGCAAAGCGCCCAAGGGUAGUGUCAUUAUCCUGACACGGAAUAAGAACGGGCAUCUAGGUGCGCUGUACCAACCUAUUGUGAAGGCAGCGAAUAGCAAGCAGGAGGUCAUGGGCAAGAGCAGUUGGUUGGGCGAGGUUAGAGAUGAGAGGGUUGGCAGGCUGGUCUGGCUAUUGUAUCUGGGUGGCCAGAAUGUUAGCAGUGAGCCAGCAAGGCAGAGCAUCGUGGAUGGAUGUAUCGAUAUUGUGGAGAGGCCUGUGGGCACACUGGAGACUAUGGUUCACUAA